AUGCCCCUCAUCCGCAAGAGCCUGGUCGUGCCGGCCUUUAUUCUGACCAUCAUUAUAUACCUUACAUUCGAAGGCAGCGACGCCCCCGAACGCCCUGUGGAUAUCUCAGAUACCAGCUUUGGCUCUUCGUCAUCGUCCGACACCACCACGUCCGCCCCGCGCUGGCAGAAUCGCCCUGAGAAAUACCCGGUAGAGUCUUAUAUUGAAUUGCCGAGCGGGAAGGCAGGCAAAAUCCCCAAGAUCCAGUAUGAUUUCCCCAAGGAAAAGUCACUAGAUCGCAAACGACGACUAGAAAGACAGGCGGCCGUAAAGGAAGCCUUUGACCACGCCUGGGCCGGCUACAAAAAAUAUGCGUGGCUAAAGGACGAGGUCUCGCCCAUCUCCGGUGGCUUUACCAACAGCUUUGCCGGCUGGGCGGCGACACUUGUGGAUACGCUGGAUACGUUGUUGAUCAUGGGGAUGACAGAUGAGUUUGAGGAGGCACUCGACGCUCUUGAUCAGAUCGACUUUAGCACUACGAGUGACCAGUAUAUCAACGUGUUUGAGACGACGAUUCGCUACAUGGGUGGGUUUAUGGCCGCCUACGAUUUGUCCGGGGGUAAAUAUCCGGUUCUGUUGAAGAAGGCGCAAGAGGUGGGGGACUUGGUUUACGGGGCGUUUGACACUCCGAACAGAAUGCAAAUGGCCCGCUGGGACUGGAAGAAAUCUCUGCGAGGGGAGACCAUGGCGCCCGCGAAAAACACACUGCUUGCCGAAGUUGGAUCUCUGUGUCUAGAGUUCACGCGACUGACUCAACUAACUGGAGAUCCCAAAUACUUUGACGCCAUCCAGCGGGUCUCGAACGAGCUGGAAAAGGCCCAAAUGAGCACCGCUAUUCCGGGCCUGUGGCCAAUGAUUGUCGACCUUGACAAUCUUGCCUUCAAUAACCGACAGUUCACCUUGGGCGGCAUGGCCGAUUCGACGUACGAGUAUCUUCCGAAACAGCAUCUUCUCCUCGGAGACCAUACCAAGCAGUACCAGAAGAUGUACGAAGCGAUCAUCGCUCCUAUCAAAAAGCAUCUCCUGUUCCGUCCAAUGACCAAAGAUGGAGAAGACAUUCUCUUUAGCGGCACCAAAAGCGGAGCUAACCUGGAUGCCGAAGCACAGCAUCUUACUUGCUUCGUGGGCGGCAUGUUUGGCAUUGGUGGGAAGAUCUUUGAUCGUCGGGAAGACGUGAAGACUGCGCGCAAACUCGUGGAUGGCUGUAUCUGGGCAUACGACUCGAUGGCAACUGGACUGAUGCCAGAGAUAUUCCACACCAGUGUGUGCGAUGAUGUCGAGUAUUGUUCGUGGGACGAGAAGAAGUGGCUGGCGGAUGUGCGCAAAAACAACCGCGGCAACGCGGACGACGACGAGGCGACGCGCGACAUGGCUAAGAAGCUGGGUCUUGCGCCGGGGAUAACUCGCGUGACGGAUGCAAAAUACAUCUUGCGCCCCGAAGCUAUCGAGUCUGUAUUCAUCAUGUACCGCAUCACCGGCGACAAGGAACUGCAAGACGCGGCAUGGCGCAUGUUCACCAGCAUCGAAAAGAUGACACGCACCGAAAUCGCACACGCGGGCAUCGACGACGUGCGCUACAUUGACACGCGCAAGUCGGACAAGAUGGAGAGCUUCUGGCUCGCCGAGACGCUCAAGUAUUUCUAUCUGAUCUUUUCCGAGCCGGAUCUGGUUAGCUUGGAUGAUUACGUGCUAAAUACCGAAGCACACCCUUUUAGACGCCCCAAGGCGUGA